AUGGGCUUUUCACGAUCAUUCUUCGCCGUCCUCCUCCUCCUCACGCUCCUCACGAGGAUCACUCGCGGAGAUCAAGAAGUGACCUAUGAUGGCCGUUCUUUGUUCAUCAAUGGCAAAAGAGAUAUAUUCUUCUCCGGAUCAAUUCAUUACCCUCGAAGCACUGCUGAGAUGUGGCCUGAUCUGAUCAAGUCAGCCAAGGAUGGAGGACUGAAUGUGAUCGAAACCUACACGUUCUGGAACGCCCAUGAGCCCGUGCAUGGUCAGUACAAUUUCGAAGGGAAUUGCGACUUGGUGAAAUUCAUCAAGCUGGUGCAAGCGGCAGGCAUGUAUGUGGUUCUCAGGCUGGGCCCCUUCGUACAGGGCGAAUGGAAUCAUGGAGGGCUGCCCUACUGGCUCAGGGAGGUUCCGGACAUCACCUUUCGAACAGACAAUGAAGCUUUCAAGAAUCACAUGGAGAAAUUUGUGAAGAUGAUUGUGCAAAAGCUACAGGAUGAGAAGCUGUUUGCUCCUCAAGGAGGCCCCAUCAUUCUUGCUCAGAUCGAGAACGAAUACAACAACAUAGCACGAGCGCUUCCGGGUUCGGCUGAAUACAUAAAGUGGGCAGCCAACAUGGCCCUUGGCCUCAACGUCGGCGUUCCCUGGGUGAUGUGCAAGCAGAACGAUGCUCCUGGCCCUGUGAUCAACGCUUGCAAUGGAAGGAACUGUGGGGAUACGUUUAUGGGGCCAAACCACCCCACCAAGCCUUCUCUUUGGACUGAGAACUGGACUGCUCAGUAUAGAGUAUUUGGUGAUCCACCAUCUCAAAGAUCAGCAGAGGAUCUUUCAUACUCCGUGGCACGAUUCUUCUCGAAAAAUGGCACACUCGUUAACUACUACAUGUAUCACGGCGGAACAAACUUUGGAAGGACAGGAGCUUCAUUUGUGAUGACCAGAUACUAUGACGAGGCCCCACUCGAUGAAUAUGGCUUGCCCAAGGAGCCUAAAAGGGGUCAUCUGAGGGACUUGCAUGCUGCAUUGAAGCUGUCCAGGAAAGGAUUGCUUUGGGGAUCUUACUCCUUGCAAAAGUUUGGGGCCGGUUUGGAGGCACGGAUUUACGAGAUACCAGAGAACAAAAUCUGUGUUGCCUUCCUCACAAACACACAUACGAAGCUCGAUGGAAAAGUAAACUUUAGAGGCACAGAAUUCGCCCUUCCCCGCCACUCCAUCAGCAUCCUUCCGGAUUGUAAGACUGUAGUAUACAAUACCCAGCAGGUUAAUGCUCAGCACAAUUCCAGGACAUUUGACCCUUCCAAGGACGCUAAUGCGAACAACAAUUGGGAGAUGUACCAGGAUGUGGUACCGACGUCCAAGGGUGUUAAGUCGAAUGGGCUGAUGGAACUGUAUAACAUGACUAAGGACACCACAGAUUACCUUUGGUACACAACGAGCUUCAAGCUCAAUGACGACGACUUGCCUUUCCGACACGAUAUCCACCCUGUGAUCCAAGUUUCUAGCCUUGGUCAUAUCAUGCAUACCUUUGUUAACGGCGAAUACAUAGGAUCUGCUCAUGGAACCAAGAUCGAGAAGAGUUUCGUCUUCCAGAAACCCGCGGAUCUGAAAACCGGAGGCAAUCGCAUUGCUAUACUGGGAGGGACAGUGGGAAUGCCGGAUAGCGGAGCGUACCUGGAACAUAGAGUUUCCGGUGUGCAUAGCGUAGUCAUCCAAGGCCUCAAUGCCGGCACGCUAGACCUGUCACAAGCAGUAUGGAAGCACCAGGUGGGACUAACAGGAGAGGCAUUAGGCAUUUUCCAAGAGGAAAAUCUAAACAAAGUUCAGUGGGUGCAAGCAAAGAGUGGGACUCCAAUUACAUGGUACAAGAGAUACUUUGAGUGUCCCUCUGGAACCGACCCGGUGUCCUUGGACUUGAGCUCCAUGGGCAAAGGCAUGGUGUGGAUCAACGGCCAAGGCGUCGGACGUUAUUGGGUCAACUACCUCAGUCCUCUUGGAAAACCUUCUCAACACAUGUACCAUGUGCCGCGAUCUUUCUUGAAGCCGAAGAGCAACUUGAUGGUGGUGCUGGAGGAGCAAGGAGGGAACCCUGAGGACAUCAAGGUGAUGAUAGUGAAACGGGACAACAUUUGCACUGUCGUGUCCAAGAACUACACCGCGCCAAUUGACUCGUGGUCGAGGGAGGACAACAAGCUCAAAAGUGCUGCCAACAGCGACAAACCAGAGGGGAACUUGCAGUGCGGGGAGAAGAAAGUGAUCCGUUCCAUCGUCUUCGCGAGCUACGGCAACCCCGACGGCGCCUGCGGCAACUUCACCGUCGGCAACUGCCACUCGCCCAACGUCAAGAAAGUGGUGGAGCAGACAUGCUUGGGGAAACCGUCGUGUGCGCUGCCAGUGUCAGCCGAGGCCUACGGCGUAGACGCUGCGUGCCCAGGGUCGACCAACACGCUCAUAGUCCAAGCCAAGUGUGCCAAAAAGAGCAAGGCAUAG